AUGGAGACGUGCUCGCACGACCACGACUGCGGCGGGUCGGAUUGCGGCGGCAGCUCCCUGCACGGGUACGUCAACCACCCGCGCAUCACCGCGCUGAACGCGGAGGACGACGACGCGGCACAGAGGGUUUUCCGACCGUGGGACGACCGUCUGAACCGCGACGUCGUCCCGCUGCGCUCGGACGACGACGACCCCGAGCUCAUCGUUCACGUGCCGUUCGUCUCGGACGUCAAGGUUCGCGGCAUCAUGGUGAUCGGGGGGCUGACCACCGCCGGCGCGGCGCCGUCGCGGCUGAACGUCUUCGUGAACAAAGCCCCGGGGGAUAUCAACUGCGAUAACGCGUCGCGCAAGACGCCGACGCAGUCGUUCGACCUCGCGGAGGACUUCGACGGAGUGCUGGAGUAUCAGACCGACUUCACGAAGUUCCAGGCGUGCGCGAGUCUCACGCUGCACUUUCCGCGAAACUUCAGAGGCGAGACGGGGGGAGGCGACGGCGUCACGGAGAUCUUCUUCGUGGGGUUGCGCGGCGAGGGGACCGGGAACCGACGCGACAUGAUCGUCACCGCGGUGUACGAGACGAAGCCGAUGCCGGGGGAUCACAAGACCGUCGCGGAGGACGGCGCGCCCGCGUUGGGCGUGUAGCGGACGUAUUAAGAUUUACCUUAGGGGUGUAGUUCUAUACAAGCGAAUGUCGGGGUGGAAUUCAAAGGCGUCAGUUGGAGUUGAAAGGCAUCGAUGGCGGGGAUUGAAAGCGAGGGGUGGGCGGAGAGAUGCGCCGGCAAAAGUCCUUAAGGGUCGGCGUCCACCUCGCCAACGCGGUCGUAUGGGGACCAGUGUAUAGAACGCACCUUAGUCUAUUCCGUGUAGCGACGACGAUCUCGCCUCGAUGAGUUAACAUAACAGGACGCUCGC